ACUCUUCAGGUGGAUUUCCAGUUUCCACAGGGACAGGUGUGGCGCUGGAAGACGAUUACAGCUCAGGACAAAAAAAAAGAGGAACUGUCGUCAUGGGGUCUUUAUGGGAUGAUUUGGACAGUCUGGUGAAUUCUCCCUCCUCUUUCUCAGAAAAAGCUGGAGAGAGAGGAACCAUCAAGCCCAAAGCAGACUUUAAUGCAGGAGAGGAUGCUGCAGCUCUGAAAGACGCCAUCGUAGGACUUGGAACCAAAGAGAAGGUCCUGAUUGACAUUUUGACCCAGAGAAGCAACGCUCAGAGGCAGCUCAUCUGUGAAGCUUAUCAGGAGGCCACUGGCAGAACAUUACUGGAGGACCUGAAAGGCGACACCGGCGGUGACUUUGAGGACCUGCUGGUGGCACUCAUCACCCCUCCUGCAGCGUACGACUGUCAUGAAGUGAUGCGGGCCAUGAAAGGAGCUGGAACUAAAGACAGCACCUUGAUUGAAAUCUUUGCGUCCAGAUCCAGCAAACAAAUCAAAGCUCUCUGUGACGUCUACCUGACAGAAACAGAGAAGAAGUUGAGUCUUGACCUGAAGGACGAAGUCUCCGGAGACUUUUCCAAAGCACUGCUCCUCCUGGUCGAGGGUAAGAGAGACGAGAGCACCACUGUAGAUACAGAGCAGGCGAAAGAAGACGCCAAGACUCUUUACGAAGCUGGGGAGAAGAAGUGGGGAACAGACGAAUCUAAAUUUGUCGACAUCCUCUGCCAAAGAAGCAUCCCUCAACUCAGACAGACUCUGGUUGAAUACAAGAACAUCAGUGGAAAGACGCUGCAGCAGAGCAUCGAAGGAGAGAUGUCGGGAGAUCUGGAGGAGCUGCUGGUGGCGAUAGUGAAAUGUGUGAAGAGUGUACCGGCCUACCUCGCAGAGCGCCUGUAUGAGAGCAUGAAGGGCGGUGGAACAGACGAGGCGACUCUGAACCGGAUCAUGGUGAGUCGGUCUGAGAUCGACCUGAUGGACAUCAGAGCAGAGUUCAAGAAGCUCUACAGCUACUCACUGCUCUCAGCCAUCGAGUCUGAUCUGUCGGGGGAGCACGGCGACUGUGUGAAGGCCCUCUGUGGAGGAGACGACUAACUCACUCUCCACCUGAGGUCGAGAAGAAAACUGCUUCUAACUCACACUUUCUGUCUUUCACUUCCACUCUUCUCCUGUGUUUCACCCUCAAAGUGAAACAUGCUGUUGUUUCUCUCACUUUGUUUCUGCUUCAGUUUUCCUCAUUUUAACAUUUCACCCCGAACAUCCACUCCUCCACUCGUCGCCAGACAAAAUAGAAGGUUUUUCUAUUUCAUUCAGUGGACGACUGCAUGAAGACCGACAUGUGUUUUCAAUUACCUAAAACAGAAACUUCCAGCAGGUACACACUGAAAAGGGAAUUCUGUUUAAUUCUAUAUGAUAAUUAUGAGUUCUUAAAGUUUAUUUAUUGUGUUAAAUCAUUAAUUAAACUGUUUUGAAUUGAGUUAGAAGGCUACUAAAAUUAUUAUUCUAUAAAUUCACCAAUGGAUGUUAAGUAAUUGAUGGCAGUUUAAUGAAGGGUUUUUGUUUUUUUGAUAACUUUGUGAUCUGGUAACUUGGUACAUUAUUUAAAAAAUGAUUAUUAACAUUUGUCAAAUAGAGCUGUCAAAGUUUUGACACGUUGUUCUAUAGUAGUUACAGUCAUUUGAAUUAUACUGUAAAAUACUUGUUGUCUUUUAGCUGUGCAGUGCUCAGCUGAACUUUUAAAAAUGUGAAACUUUUCCACAGAGAAUAAAGAUUCCACUGCUAAAUGAAUAACUGCUUAACAUUUAGGAGUUUAAAUUGAGUUUUACAGUCAAUUAGUGCAAUUUCACAUAGUUUUUUUUUGCAUUAAACUUCCAGGAAAUUAUAGAAAUAAAAAUAUAUACAAAAACUGAAACAAAGCCUUGCUAAAAUAAAACAACCAGUCAUAUAAAAAUAAAGAGCACACAGGAUUCAUUGUUUACUGUGUGGUCCUGUUAGUAGUGUAAUACAUUAACAUUUGAUUUUACUGUGUCACUGUUCCUCUUUGUUUUUUGUCUGCUCAUUCACCUCUUUACUGUCUUCUCUCCUUCUGAUAUCACUGUAACUUCCAUGAACAAUAAACAGCCUCAUCAAUCACA